AUGGAUUCCGUCGCCCGGCUAUCGCUCAUUAUAUUGCUUUCGUGGAUCUCUCACAUAUCUUCGGAGAUGAUCAUCCGGCUUCCGUCGGAAAACGAAAUCCCGGUCGAGUACUGCGAUAGCUGGAGGUUAGCCGUGGAGACGAACAACGUCGGGGCAUGGAAUCAGAUUCCGACGAAUUGUGUUGAUUCGGUAGCGGAAUAUAUGAUUGGAGAACAGUACAAGAGGGAUUGCGAAGUGGUGGGGAAAUUUUCGUCGGAGUUUGCGAAGCGCGUGGCGUUUGCCGGUGAUGAAAAAGACGCGUGGGUGUUUGAUAUUGAUGAAACGCUUCUUUCCAAUGUGCCUUACUACAAAGCUGUUGGAUUCGGGUCGGAAAUCUUCAACGAAACUUCCUUCAAUGAUUGGGUGAAGUUGGCUGAUGCCCCAGCAUUGCCUUCCAGUUUGAGUUUGUUUGAAAAGCUUCAAGAAUUAGGCUUCAAGAUAUUUCUCUUGACCGGUAGGAGUGAAUUUCAAAGAAAUGUCACAGAGGCUAACCUUCUGUUCGCAGGAUACAAGAACUGGGAGAGACUCAUCUUAAGAGGCCCUUUUGAUCAAAGGAAAUCAGCAACUGAUUACAAGUCUCAGAAGAGAGAAGAGUUGGUGAAUGAAGGAUACAGAAUCCAUGGAAGCUCCGGAGAUCAAUGGAGUGAUUUAUGGGGUUAUUCAGUGGCGUCACGGUCUUUUAAACUACCAAAUCCAAUGUAUUUUAUUCCUUAG